CCAGCAUUGUUCCAGGGUGCCAGAUUAUAGCUAUAAAAUUGGUUCCGAAAUAGAAUUUGUUUCUAACUUUAAGAAUUUUUGAACACGAAGCAGCAAAGAAAUCCAUGAUCAAUUAAAGCUCAGAUAUCUAAUCAGUACCCCCAUCAAAUUAAUGAAUUGAUCCUCUGCCCGAGUGUCGAGGGGAUGGAGAGGCCGGCCGAGAACGUGCCGCCGGACCCGAACCGGAUCCCUACGUCGGUGUUCGCGAGGACGAAGUCGUCGACGCCCAUGGAGUGGAGCGCCGCGUCGAACGAAUCGCUGUUCAGCAUCCACGUGGUCAGCUUCAAGGGCCACGCGGCGGAUGCGCCGGCGUUCUCGAUGGACGGCAGCUUUCCGCGACAGUCGGGCGAGUCGUUCGCGUUCCCGAUGACGACGACGGAGGCGGCCAACGCGGCGGCGAUGAAGGAGGUCAUGUGCAUCAAUGCAGAAGAGAAGGCGCGUAAAGAAGGCGCCGACCGCAGCUUGUCCCACCGCUCCGACGAGUCUUUCGCUUUCCCCGUAUUGACUGGCGAAAAAACUGGCGUUGGCUCGAAGAAGGUGGAAGCUGCAGGAGAUGCAGAGAGUGGCGAGCCGCAACCGGAGACCCAAAAGGCCACAGAGCAAAAGGCAAGGAAUGAGAAGACGCUGACUGCGAUCACAGAAUGA